GUCCAAGCUUGGAAUGCGGGCGACUGCGAUGUGCGCGCGCUGCGAGAUGUGACAAGCGAUGCAAGCGAUGGAGAACGUCAAGUCGUGAUCGUGAGGUCGUGCGUCAAGGUCGUCGGUGGAUGUCGUCGAGGUGUGUGAGAGGGGGUCGUGCGAUGGCUCAGACCUGGCUGAGGCUGACGAAGGCGUUCAGCCACGUCUCUCUUGCAGACUGAAACAGAUCGUGAAGAUGUAAAGUCAACCAAGUCACCUCGAGCAAACUACAACCAGUAGCCUGCAUUGCAUCCUGCACACCGUGACAUGCAAAGGCAGUGGGGAGGAGAGGGAUGGAGGCGUCGGCGUCGACGUGCGUACUCCUCGCCUUGCUGAGUUCUGCAUGUGUCGAGCCUUGAGGCCUCGAGGUCUCAGAGUCGUGCGCCGACAUGCUCUCGUAACGCCUCCAGGGACAUUCCAGCGUGCAUACCAUCUCUCGUCCCGACGUUUCUCUCUGCCCGCUGCUCUGGCAGGUCUGCCUGUCUCAGCCACCACGGCCAUGUUUCACUCCAUUCAUGCUGCGCUGCAUGCAGCGUGCACGCGUCGGCCGACGGCGCGUGUAAUAAUACAUCUCUGCUCUCGCCGCUCUACACGCUCCGCACUUCUCGGCUUACACCACCGUCCUGUCGAUCCGUUCCUCAUAAUCCAAAGCUUGUCAUGCACCCGCGGCACUCGUGCGCUUGCUUCCAUGCGCAUGCUCAUGCUCAUGCUCAUGCUCUUGCUCGUGCUCCAUGCUCGAGGCGAGGCAAGCCCAGGCGAGACGUCACGCUGCCCGUUCUGUUUGGGCACUCAUUACGCCUGCAGGCAGCGUCACGUGAGUUACGGCAUAGGGAUGCUCGCAAUGUCCGCACUCUUUCGGGCAGGCACUGGAAUCGCGUUACGUUGGCAUUGCGACGUCUUGGUACGUCUCGACGUCGUCACCGCCAAAGCACGUGGGCGAUGAUAAGAUGCAGAGUCGUCGUUUCGUCGCUCGAAAGACUAUCCCACCGUGUCGGUUGCCCGUCCGAUGACGCCCAAGUGCUUCGGGUCGUUCCCGCCAUCUUCACAGACAAGUGCCGAGAUUUACAUACGUCCAAGUGCCGACGGGC